AAAGUCUCUCUCUCUCUCUCUCUCUCUCUCUCUCAUCUGUUCCCCUCAUGCUCUGAGUCUGACCAGAGAGGAACAGAGGAAACAUGGCGUCUUCAUCUGACCCCAUCGCCAGCCUCGACGCCCCCGACUUCCGGCCCUCCUUCUCCGUCGACCCCAGCUGGCUCCUCUCUCGCGAUGCUGAGACGCUCACCAUGUCCCUUCUUCGAUCUCUCUCCGAGCCCGAAGUGCCCCCCACAGUUGCGACCCCGAACGCCUUCUUCUUCGACCCCGAACCGACGGGACCCGCCCCCGCCUCCGCCGCCUCGACCUUCGACCGCGAGACGGCGCGGAAGCGACCAAGGACCGCGGGUCCCUCCCGCAAGAAGCGCAAGUCUCGCUCUUCGAACCGGUCCCAGACGACGUUCAUCGCGGCGGACGCGGCCAACUUCCGCCGGAUGGUGCAGCAGGUGACCGGCGUCACGUUCGGCGGGCCCUACGCUCUCGCGCCGCCGGUGACGAAGCCGGAGCCGCAGCAGAGAGCCGGUUGCCGCUUCCCCGGCGGCGGAGGUCUGCUGCCGAGUCUGGACACGCCGUCGUCGUUGUUGGUCGGUGGCGUUGGAGUCGGUGGCGCCGAGGGCCCACUCUGUUUCCCCGCGCCGGCGGCGGUGGCGGCAGAUGGCAGCAGCGCCGGUGGGCUGGGCUUUGACUCGUACGCGUGCUUUCCCACUCUGGAUUCGUGGAAACUCAUCUGAUCAAGGAUUGAUAGCUCUUUUCGUUUGUUUUUAUCUUUCUAUCUUCGGUGUUAUUUUAUCCUGUCUACUUAACUGCUGAUAAUAUGUUGGGCACUAGAAAUGAAGAUUAUGCAUGUCAAUCUCAUC